AUGGCUACUUUGGAUAUGUCACUUGAUGAUAUGAUAAAGAGCAGGCGUACUAACGAGAGAGGCAGAGGACGAGGUAGGGGCCGACGUGGCCGAGGGUCUGGAGGGUCAUUUAGUGGUGGAAGAAUGACUCAGGCUCCUCGUAGAGGCCCACUCGGAGUGAAUACUCGGCCUUCAGCGUAUACCAUUGCCAAGUCCUUCCGCAGACCCAAGAGUUUGCCAUGGCAGCCUGGUUUGUUUGAAGAUAGCCUUAGAGCUGCAGGGUUACCAGGAUUAGAAAUUGGCACAAAGUUAUAUGUUUCCAACUUGGACAUUGGAGUGACCAAUGAAGAUAUAAGGGAACUUUUCUCUGAGAUUGGGGAACUAAAACGUUAUGCAAUUCAUUAUGACAAAAAUGGCCGCCCAAGUGGUUCAGCUGAAGUAAUGUUUGCCAGAAGAAAUGAUGCGUUUCAAGCUCUCAAGCGAUAUAAUAAUGUACAAUUGGAUGGGAAGCCUAUGAAGAUAGAGAUUUUUGGCGUGAACUCAGAGGUUCCUAUUUCGGCUCGUGUGAAUGUUGUUGGAGGAGCAAAUGGAAGGACACGGACAGUUGUCAUGACGCCAGGCAUUGGUAUAGGUCGUGCUAAAGGCCCUGCUGCUGUUAAUCGUGGUGCGAGUCAGAACCGCCGUGGGGGCUCGAGGAGUGGGACUAGCCGUGGAUGGGGACGUGGUCGUGGUCGUGGUCGCGGACGUGGACGUGGUCAAGGCCGUGGUCAAGUCCAAGGACAAGUCCAAGGACGUGGCCAUGGGGGGAAGAAAGCUGUUGAGAAGUCAGCGGACCAACUGGACAAGGACUUGGAGAACUAUCAUGCUGAAGCUAUGCAAAUUUAA